UAUGGAGAAGCCCAUAUAUUCUGUGUUUAUUCUAUGGUCAGGUCAUGUCAUCAGCUACACAUUUAUUUUAUUUUAAUCUGUACGCACAUGUUCGGGCGAUGAAAUUUUCUUUAGUUUGUAUGAAUCAUGUACUCAUUUUUUAAUACUGUCAACCUAGUCCAUUUAGUUUAUUUCCUUCUCCAAGCAAGCCACGGACUUUGUCAAGAGUUCAUCAGUUGCAACGGGUUCGUCAAAAGCAAUGCCGGCGUUGAUCUAUCCAAUGUUGAAAUCCAGCUAGUGUCGAAACAGGGUGCUCUAAAAGACCACAUAGACGCUGCCCCCAACAACGGAUAUUAUGUACUUCAAGUUUUUGAUAGGGGUGAAUAUGUGUUGAAGGUCUCUGGACCCUCUGGAUGGGUUUUCAUGCCCUCUGAGAUAGCAUUAAAUGUGGACGGAGCCAAUGAUCCAUGCAGUCAAGGGAAGGACAUAAACUUUCAUUUCCAAGGAUUUGUUGUGAAUGGGACG